AUGUCAAAGCCCAAGCCAGGUCUUGGCAAGGGCAUUGCCCGCACACUCGCCCACUCCCACUCUGUACCGACCGCGCCGACAGCUGCCAUUCAUCCCCCAGUCCCUCUGGCACCCAUCUUCUCGACUCCAUCGCGGUCAUUGCACCUGUCUUCUCUCCCCCGUCCAUCACCAUGGACACCAGCCGCUGUACAAACCCACUUGGCUCUGCUUCCCCUGUGGGACGCUCCAGAGUUUGGUCGUCGUACUUACGUCACGGCCACUUCACCUCUGAGAGCAUCCACAGUUGAAGUAACCUCUGCGGGGACGUUUGUUCCGCCAUACCACCCCACCUCUCUCUUGUCCGUGUCCGACAGGCCACAAGUCUUCUUCAAUGAGUUCUACAAUGUCCCGCCGCCACCGCCGCCGCCGCCGGCCAUGGUACUCCGCCCCUCGCCACCGCACCCUGCGGCAGCACCUCAGCAACCUCGCACAUCUCAAGCAGCGCAUACCAUCAUUUCGCCGUCUCCACAGCCACAGAAUGGGCCCUCGCCAUCGCCCAGUCCACCCAUCACGUUUCUGGGAAUCCGUCCUGAUGAAGUCGACUUUCAAAACGCAGCUUCCAUCCCGGACCCGAACAACCUCAGUGUCUACUCGUCCAACCUGAUAUUCCAUUUGGGAGCGAGCGGGUGCCCCAAAGAGCGAUCCCCGACCCCUCCUCGUCGCAAGCAAGCAGCAACGACCCCUCCUCCUCCCCGGCCCCGUUCCUUUCCAUUACCAGACGUGACACCCCCAACGAAUCUUCAGUCGACAGCCGUUGGCGAAGACUCGUACUUUGCGCGAGUCGAUGGUGUGUGUGUCGCCGACGGUGUUGGAGGCUGGUCUCGGUCCGGCAAAGGGGCCGACCCCGGCCGCUGGAGUCGCCUCUUGACUCACUUUUGUGAGGAGGAAGUUGCACGCUGGUGGGCGGGUGCGGAUGAGUAUAUCGCCACCGACGAGGAGGUUUCUGGUUGGGCAGCUCGCGCAUGGAAGCGCGGUUCCGAAGGUGGACGUCACCGUCGCCCCCUCGACCCAGUCGAGAUUAUGCAGAAGGGCUUUGAAAAGUGUCUGGCCUGCGCAGCGUCCGAGGGUAUCUACGGCUCGUCAACAUGCCUGUUGGCUUUGCUUCACCACUCGACAUUGCUGGUUGCCAAUGUGGGUGACUGCAGCCUCCUUCUCAUUCGCCGUGGAGAGGUGGUGUUCCGAACGUCGGAGAUGCAGCACGCCUUCAACUUUCCCAUGCAACUCGGCACCCACUCGCGUGACGAACCCAUGAAGGACGCCAAGCGAUAUGACAUCCCUGUUGAAAAGGAGGAUGUUGUCAUUGUGGGCAGCGAUGGCCUCAUGGACAACCUGUUUGACGAAGACAUUCUGGAAACACUUUCCGAGUUUGCGCCACCCGAAGGCUCCUCGCCUGCCUCCACCUUACCUCCCUUCUCUCCUCAGCUCGUUUCUGAAGCGCUUCGCGACCGAGCUCGGCUAGUGUCGGAGCAAAUGACCGCCACGACGCCGUUCAUGGUGCGAGCCAUCGAAGAGGGCAUCGACUUUGUGGGUGGCAAAAAAGACGAUAUCUCCGUCCUCGUCGGCGUCAUUGGCGACCGCGACGGCUUAAACUUGACGUUAGACGCCAGUGCGCGUUAG